AUGAAGGACCGGCCGCCUUCAUCCUACGGUGCAGUUUACGUUCCGCCACACCAUCGCCUGCGGUCCGUCAUCGUUGCCCCGAAUUUCAACUCCUCCUCUCCAUCUGCUCGUUUGGUGGAUUCCAGAACCACUGAUACUCGAACCGCUGCUCUCAGCCGUAAGUUCAGUCCAUCUCCUGCACUCUUCCACGCGCACGAGGAGAAAAAUGGCGGUACCGAGGGUUGUAAGAAGAAUUUGAUUAGGAAGAUGCCUUCCGCUUACAGCAAUGCUGGUUCCGAGGACGGGUCCGAUCACGAGAUGGAAUCCUUCGCCGUUCAGUCAGGUGCCUCUAUCUCAGAUUGCAUCGAAGAGUGGAAGUGGAAAUUUACAAUGCUGUUGCGCGACAAAGUGAAGCAAGAAGUGGUAUCAAGGGAGAAAAAGGACAGACGUGAUUUUGAGCAACUAGCAGUUUUGGCAAGCAAAAUGGGGUUGCAUAGCCAUACCUAUGCGAAGGUUGUUGUCUUUAGUAAGAUCCCACUACCAAACUACAGAUUUGAUUUGGAUGAUAAGCGUCCUCAAAGGGAGGUUAGCUUGCCUCUUGGUCUGUUAAAGAGAGUAAAUGCCUAUCUUGGAGAGCAUCUCUUCCAGAAGUCCAAGACUAAGGAAUGCUUUCCAGAUAUUGCAUCUUCUAGAUCUAGCAGUAGCAGUAGCCUUGGUACUGAUGAAGGACUUUUCGAGCAACCAGACCCGCUGGCUGCUAGUGCUAGCAAGAUUGUGACGGAGAAAGUCUUGCGUCGAAGAAGUCAGCAGUUGUAUGAUCAACAACUGUCUUGGCAGGGGUCUCCAGAAGGUAGAAAAAUGAUGCAGUUUCGUAAAAGUCUUCCUGCGUACAACGAGAAGAAUGCGAUAUUGACAGCUGUUUCAGAAAACCAGGUUGUCAUUAUAUCAGGCGAGACUGGUUGUGGAAAGACAACACAGAUUCCUCAGUUUAUCUUGGAAUCUGAAAUAGAUGCCGCCCACGGAGCUUCUUGUAGUAUUAUAUGUACACAACCGAGACGAAUAUCUGCAAUCUCUGUUUCCGAACGAGUUGCCACGGAGAGAGGCGAGCAACUAGGAGAAUCUGUUGGGUAUAAAGUUCGGCUUGAAGGUAUAAAAGGCAGGGAAACACGCCUCCUCUUUUGCACAACAGGAAUCUUAUUGAGAAGAUUACUUGUUGAUAGAAGCUUGAAAGGGAUAUCCCACGUCAUAGUUGAUGAGAUUCAUGAGCGUGGAAUGAAUGAGGAUUUUCUGCUUAUUGUUCUUAAAGAUCUGCUGUCGCGUCGGCCAGAGAUGAGGCUGGUUCUGAUGAGUGCAACCCUAGAUGCAGAGCUUUUCUCAUGCUACUUUAACAAAGCUCCUGUUCUCUGUAUUCCAGGCUUUACAUAUCCAGUACAAACUCGUUUCCUAGAGAAUAUCCUGGAGAUGACGGGUUACAGAUUGACUCCAUACAAUCAAAUUGAUGAUUAUGGUCAAGAAAGGGCUUGGAGAGUGAGCAAGCAAGGCCCAAAAAGGAGGAAGAGUCAAAUUGCGUCAGCAGUUGAGGAUGCACUCAGAACAGCUGACUUCAGGGAGUACCGGAAAGAGACUCAGGAUUCACUGACUUGUUGGAAUCCUGAUUGCAUCGGUUUUAAUCUGAUUGAGCAUCUAUUAAGUUUCAUAUGUGAGAAUGAGAGACCUGGUGCUAUUUUAGUUUUUAUGACUGGGUGGGAUGACAUAAAUUCUCUGAAGGAAAAACUCUUAGCUCAUACAAUCUUAGGAGAUCCCACUCGAGUCCUGUUGCUCACUUGUCAUGGGUCUAUGGCCAGCUCAGAGCAGAGGUUAAUAUUUGACGUGGCUCCAGAUGGUGUGAGAAAAAUAGUGCUGGCUACCAAUAUUGCUGAGACAAGUAUCACGAUCAAUGAUGUCGUUUUUGUUAUUGACUGUGGGAAAGCUAAGGAGACUUCUUAUGACGCACUUAAUAAUACUCCUUGUCUGCUCCCUUCAUGGAUUUCUAAAGUUUCUGCUCAACAGAGAAGAGGGAGGGCAGGGCGUGUUCAACCAGGAGAAUGUUACCAUCUCUAUCCCAGAUGUGUAUAUAAUGCUUUUGCAGAGUAUCAGUUGCCAGAAAUAUUGAGAACACCUUUACAGUCUCUUUGUUUGCAAAUCAAGAGUUUGAAACUAGGAAGUAUCUCUGAGUUUCUAUCUCGCGCUUUGCAAUCACCUGAAUUACUGGCGGUUCAAAAAGCUAUUGAGUACCUGAAAAUUAUUGGUGCCUUGGAUCAAAACGAAGAGCUUACGGUUCUAGGACAGUACUUGACUAUGAUUCCUGUGGAGCCUAAACUUGGAAAGAUGCUCGUAUUGGGUGCAAUCCUCAAUUGCUUAGAUCCGAUUUUAACAGUCGUUUCGGGACUAAGCGUUAGAGAUCCUUUCUUGAUGCCAAUCGAUAAGAAGGAUCUUGCAGAGGCUUCUAAAUCUCAGUUUUCGCGUGACUAUAGCGACCACAUGGCACUUGUGCGGGCCUUUGAAGGCUGGAAAUAUGCUGAAAAAGAGUUUGCUGGCUAUGACUAUUGCUGGAGAAAUUUUCUGUCUGUUCAAUCAAUGAAAGCUAUUGAUUCUCUCAGGAAAGAGUUCUACUCAUUGCUCAGGGACACUGGCCUCGUUGAUAGCAAUGCAAAUACUUGUAACGGAUGGAGCCAUGAGGAACACCUUAUUCGAGCAGUUAUUUGCUAUGGCCUUUAUCCCGGAGUGUGCUCUGUUGUGCACAAUGAUAAAUCAUUUUCACUCAAAACCAUGGAGGAUGGCCAGGUGCUUCUGUAUUCUAACUCUGUAAAUGCUCGGGACUCUAGAAUCCCCUAUCCAUGGUUGGUGUUUAACGAGAAGGUAAAAGUAAAUGCCGUGUUCCUCCGUGACUCUACAGCUGUUUCUGACUCAACAUUGCUACUUUUCGGUGGAAGCAUAAUGAAAGGAGAUGUUGAUGGUCACUUGAAGAUGCUGGGAGGCUAUUUAGAGUUCUUCAUGAAACCAGCAAUGGCAGAAAUGUAUAUGAACUUGAGAAGAGAACUUGAUGAGCUGAUUCAGGUCAAACUAUUCCAUCCUACGAUGAGCUUACAUACGCAUAAUGAACUCCUAUCAGCGGUACGAUUGCUCCUUUCUGAGGAUCAUUGUGAAGGCAGAUUUGUAUUCGGGCGUCAGGUGUUGCUGAAGCCAUCAUCUGCUGCGGUGGCUACGGCAAAACCCAAUCUGGUACCACUGGGUGACAGUGGGCCUGGAGGGGAUAAUCCCAAGAGUCAACUUCAGACAUUGCUAACAAGAGCUGGGCAUGCUACCCCGAUAUAUAAAACAAAGCAACUGAAUAACAACCAAUUCCUAUCGACUGUGGAGUUCAACGGCAUGCAAAUAAUGGGACAUCCAUACAGCAACAAGAAGAGCGCGGAGAAAGAUGCAGCAGCUGAGGCCCUGUCAUGGCUGACGGGUGGAUCCCAAACGGAACGCCAAGAAUACAUCAAUCAAAUGUCGGUAUUGCUGAAGCGAAGCAAGACAGAUCAUUUCUGA